UUCCCAAUCCCUUUGAAUUCUUCAUUUGUAGUGUAAAUCGUGAUAUGACUAAACGUGAUAUGGAGUAAGGUGUGGUUGUGGAUGAAACAGUAGAAGGUAAUAUUGCAAUCAAGAUGGAUGCAGGCUUGGAAUAUAUUGUGGAAGAUCAUGGUGCUAAAGAAACUUAUUUAUCAAUUCCGACAUGGACUUUGCAAGAGACGUUGGUAGGACUGGCUUUUGUUUUAGCAGCCUACCUGAUCCUAGUUAUGAAGAUACUACCAUCUUAUAUGAAGAAUAGGGAGCCAUUUCAAUUGAAGAACUUGAUGCUAGCCUAUAAUGCCUUCCAAGUCGCCUUUUCAAUCUACGUAGUGUUUAUCUAUUUAAGAUACAUCUAUCGAUUUAAUAUAAUCACUACGAGAUGUCCACAAGGAGAAGAUUUACAAGGAGUCGUUCGCGAAAUCUAUCCAUACUUCAUAGCGAAACAUUUGGAUCUCUUGGACACAGUGUUCUUUGUCCUUCGCAAAAAGGACAAUCAGAUCACGUUCCUCCACUUGUACCACCAUACUUCCAUGGUCACUUGGACCUGGUUGCACUUCAUGUACCAUCCUACUGACAACUUCGUGGUUGUUGGGAUGUUGAACAGUUUUGUCCAUGUCUUGAUGUAUGCCUAUUAUGGGAUUUCGUCUUUGGGUCCUGCUUAUGCGAAGUACAUUUGGUGGAAGAAGCAUUUGACUAAAGUUCAGUUGAUCCAGUUCAUCCUCGUGGUUUCCCAUCUCCACUACCAACAGAAGCUCUCGCCCUGUCCAAUCCCAAGCUUCUUCCACAACUUCUGCAUGAUCCUCAUUUGCUCCUUCUUCGCCCUCUUUAUGAACUUCUACAUCAACAGCUACAGAGGGAAAAAGAAGAAUGUAGAAAAACAGAAGAAUGGAGUUUCUGAAUCGAAUGUCGAUGAGAGAUUAUUGAAAAGUCGAUAGAUUAAUGUUAACAAAGUUGUGUUGUUUUUUUUUUUAACAAAUGUGUGAUUUUAGACUUAAUAUUAAAGUAUUUUCUAUUGGA